CUGCGGGGAAGGCUCCCUCUGUCGCACAUAGGGAGCCUGAAAGAACUGCCAAGAAGCGUUAUGACAUGCAGUGAGGAGUUAAUCAGAUCAGCAGCUGGUCUGGGUUGGCCUGGCCAUGAAUUGGGGCCAGGAGAACACAGCGGGUGAUGGUGUGUGAAUGUGGAGAGAGAGGCAAGGGUAGGGACAUGGAAGAAGAAGCCUGGAGCAAGGGGGGGAAUAUGGUGAACAGAAAAUGAUUGGGCACAUGGGGCCAGGGCUGAACACUUAGAGGGAGUGACAGCAGUUGGGAAGGAGCUGACUCCAGGAGUCUUCUCCUCUCCAGGAUCAAUUCUAUAGAAAAUAACAUUGUGUAAAAGCUCUUCCUUCCCUCCUGACAUACCAGAACUCCCUAGCAGGUGGGUUAAUGGCUGCUUUGUGACAGUGUUCACAGAUUUUUACUCCACAGAUGGAAAAAUCCAUGCAGAUUUAGCAUGGUGGCCCACCAACCAGCAAGCCUUUCUGCAGCGAAGCAAAGCCAACAGCAAAUGGAAAGGGACAGGUACUAAUCUCAUUGCCUGGCUGCUGGAGCAGAGCUGCAUUCCUCCUUGAGACUGCAACCAAGGAGUCCUCUGCUCUGGAGCCUUGAGUGAUGGACGGUUUGUCAGAGCCACCAGCGGAGAAGCCCUUGGCAAAGGAGUGUUUAGAAGAGCCUGUGGAGCAAGGGCUGCUUGGCAGGACUCGCUCCUAUGUGUUGUACAUUGGAAAUUUGAACCCCAAAUACUCCCAGGAGGUCCUCCGCAGCAUGCUGAAGGACAUCCUGGGAACAGCCACCAUCUCCUUGCAAAGGCAUGACAUUGAGGUGGUGAAGAAACCACGACAGGCCUACGCAUUUGUUCAAGUAACAACUGAGAUGGACCUUGAGUGCAUCCUGAAGCAGCUCCUGGUCACCUCGGAGAUGGAGCAGAAGCUGGUGAAGGAGCUUGUGAUGAAAGGGAAAACGCUGGUGGUGGGGGAUGGCAGGAGAGGCUCAGCUAGUGCAAAGGAGUGCAGGGAGGUAGGUGCCACCACAGGGCUGUCAGUCUGUGGGACCAAGAGGGGCAGGCAUGAGGGUAGGGGAAAGCAAACAUGUGUAACAUUUAGUAUUUCUGGUUUUGCACAGAAUGACCCAGAAGUGAACAGCACCAGCCCCUUGCAGUCCCCAAGCCUGCAGUGUGCUGAAUCUGACAGGCGCAGGAUACAAAGGGCAGAGGAAGACCAGGCCAGCCGCAGCGGGGAGGUAUCCCCUCGCACCCGGAAGCAGGCAGAGCGGCCAUCAGCAUUUCUGAGCGGCACCAGGUCCGACAGUGCCAUUGUCCGGAGGGAGAUCGUGGGCCAGGAGCGCUUGUUCUAUGGAGCAUUCAUGGGCAGUGAAAGCAGGAAUGUGGAGUUCAAGCGGGGCAGUGGGGAGUACCUGAGUGGGACCCUCAAGUACCAUGUCCGGAAGUAUGCGUGCGCCUUUCUCAACAGUGAAGGAGGCAGCCUGUUUGUUGGGGUGGAGGACAGUGGCUUUGUGCAUGGGGUCAGGUGUGGGCAUAAGGAGGAAGAUCGUGUCCGUUUGCUCAUUGACUCUAUUCUAAAAGGGUUCAAGCCACAGGUGUUCCCCGAUGCCUACGCUUUGACCUUCAUCCCAGUGAUCAAAGCUGAAGACACAGGGAUCUUCCUGAAGGUGGUCCGGCUCAGCAUCCACCCGCCCCGACCACAGGGAGAGGUGCUGCUGUAUGAAACGGACCAGGGAGAGGUGUACCUGCGCAGGGAUGGCAGCAUCCAGGGGCCGCUCUCUGGAAGUGCCAUUCAGGAGUGGUGUAGGCAGAAAUGGACAGCGGAAGUCAGGAAGCUGGAGGAGAGGAUACAGACACUGGUGAAGGAAAACGAGAAGCUACAGCAACAAGUCAACCAGGAGCAGAGCGCAAAUCCCAACUCUAGAUUCUGCACCAUGGUGUGAUUCAGCAGAGGUACAAUGCUGCCAAAGCCAAGUGGGCUCAGGAAGGGAGAAGCAGGUAGGAAAAGGGGGAGGGGAAACACUUUGUGUAUAGAUUUUGAAAAUUCAUUUCACUAAAGAGUGUUAGCUCAGUUAACUCAAGAGAUAACUCCACUUGGUUGUAUAUUAGUUGCACACUGUCCUACAAUUGAUGCUUUAUGGUAGAACAUUUGUUAUCUGAGUUUGACUGAACCUCUAACUAGGCAGGAUGGCUUUACACCCUUGGGAAGCCACUGAUAAUUCUGAAUAUUGUAUUACAUCUCCAGCCAGUUGGCAAGAGAAUGUACUUACCUGGGGGAAAUGCAGUUCCUCAAGCUGGCCUAGUCAGUUCAGACUACAUUAUAGCUAAACAGCCACCUGAGCAUGUGCUUCUGGUGCUUUGGCCCGGUGACGGAUGUCAGCAGCAUUACAAUGGAGCACAGCUGUUCAAUUUGGCACCCAAUUUGCAGCUAGGUCCAUGUCCUAAGUCAUCCAACAUGUGCAAGUUGUUCCCUGCCCUACAAUUUCAGCUGCUUCAAAAGCAGGGGAGAACAUUUCUUGGGCCCUGGUGGAGUGAGCCUUACUAACUGGUGGGAGAGGUACCCUGGUAGUAGUACAAUGCAAAGCAGUAUCUGUCCUGAUGGAUGGCUAUUUUACUGCAAAAUCUAAGGCUUCCUUGCAUUUCCUUACGGUUUGGUGCAUUGUUCCCUGACCUCAGCAAUCAUUUAAAUUUGUCCUUGGGUAGGUAACUGGGGUUUACCCUGUGGGAUGACCCUACCUAUGCACUAAACUGUGUUUGCGUUUGAUACUUGAGAGUAGAUCGCUCAGAUGCUAGGUUUCUUUGGCCUGAAGCUGGUGCUCAGACAGUUCAUGCUGGAAAUGCUAAAAGCCAAGGAUGGUUGGUGUUUGAGAUCUCAGCACCAAGACAUUUUAGAUGGGUUUUUUUGCAAUGGAACCUGCAGUAUUGCAACUGGUCACUGGGGGACUUCAGUUAAUACGGUUCUUGACUCAAACAUGGAGGAUGUCUCUUCUCCAGGAUCAGAUGCAACUCUCAUGUUUUGCUCAAAUCCAAUACAUUUUGAGAUCUCGACUCCUGACUUUGAGUGCGAAAGGAAGAGUGGCAGCAUAUGGGAUCCCUAAUGAAGACACCCUCUCAGGCCUUGGGGAGGUUGUGUCCACUGUGCUCACUGAUAACCCCCCCUCCCCCCCGUAUAAAACCACUGCUUUGAGAACAGGACUUAAACAGGACUUAAAGCCUCUGGGUUUAGUUUCCCAUGAUAGCUGUUAAUGCAUGCACGUGCAACAUUUUUGCACAGUACAGCAGGGCGUGAGGGGGUCUGUCCCUCCCCACCCCUCACUUUGGGAGAUCAUUACAAGAAAAUGAAGAGGGACUGUUUUACAAACAACAUUUAGGCUGUACCCCCUUGCCACAGAUGGUACCAGGGAACUGAGGGUGGGUCAUGCAAGCUCUGCCUUUACACCUUUGAGAGGUGUAUGGCUCAGCAUUUGGAGGAUGUGGGGUUCACACAGACACUAUUCAGAAACUCCAACCUCACCCAUGAAGAACCCAUGGCAGAACCCACAGCAACACACACAGACUAUUUCACAUGCAACUCGCAUGUGAAACCCUCAACUUUAGGAGAAAUAUUUUCAAACUACUUCAAUUUGGACACUUGGAAAUCGAGUACGCAGAGGUACAGAGUUGGCAGGUGCACUCCUCACACAAACUUGAGACAGUCUUUUUGCCUUGGUUAACAGCAGCAGCUCAGAGUCGCAGGCCAACCACACUACUGACAACUUUGCAUAUACAUUACUGCUACCGUUUUCAACAAAGAUGGGAAGGAAACAAGGCAAAGCCCAUUUUACCCAUACUGAAGUGCAGUAAAAUAGCUAGAAAGAAAAUACCAGUCUAUGCCUCAAUAAAAAGGGAAAUCCUUAUUUAAUGUUUUUGCUACAUCUUUUAUUCCCUGUUGAAAAAACAUGUCCCACCUCAUAAAUCCUGUUUCUUGCUGGAUUUUAUUAAUACUGGAGGAUGGGACAUGUAUGGGUACCAUACCCAUGAUAGGUACCAUAAUGCAGCUCAGAGGGAGGUAUUCAGACCCUGUCCCUAUUUCCUACCAAGUUCUAGGUUCCUUCCUUAUUUCUACCUUUUUACUAUCACUGUGGCUUUAAAGGUUUGAAACUCAACAUGCUGGAAGAAAGGUGCUAGCACAAAGAAAGACUCAUUACUAACAAAAGUAAAAAGAGAGGGAACUAGAGCCAGAUGGACAGAGAGAACUUACUAAAAGGAGAAUGUGGAGGAGGAGGAUGGUGGCAGUGAGAAACUGCUCACCUUGGUAUACUGAAGGAUAGACAAGCAUUGCAGUUUCAGCUAGUUAUCUUUACCUUUCCUGUUCCCAAAGUGCAUAGACACCUGUGAAGUCAACCAAGUCAAGUACCGAGCAGCAGGUAACACCAAUAAUCUCAUCCAGUGAGCAGUCAGAAAUUGUGAUGUACAUAGUCCUUCCACAGACUCCCACAUCUUUCAGAAGCAAUGCUGGCAAUUCAGUGACCGCACCUACAUGAGACGUGCAGUAGUGCCAAACGCCUUGUGUGAAACUACUGCGCAGUAGCAUCACAUCAUCGAUUUUUCCACGAGACACUACUGCACAGUAGCGCUAAGUUACUGCACAGUCAGCAUCUUGUGUAGAUGUGGCUAAUGGGUAGAAACACUUCUCUUUUGGGCCACUAAACACAACCCCAGCCUCAAAUUGGGAACGUCAGUGCCAAUGCUCAUAGACAGAACAAGAAUUCAGUGACUUACGAUUAAAAGUCCUAAAACCUGAUGUUCAGCAGUAGGUGAUCUAGAUUUUACUUUUGUAUAAAACCUCAAGGAAGUGGUUAGCACCGACUACUUUCAAACUCAACAAACAGGAAAAAACAGCAGUCAGCCACAUGGAAAUAAGAGUGCUUGAGAACAGAUGCACAGGGAGCUUGCUACAACAGCAGCUGAUUAAGAGAGCUGGAGCACUUACUAUAAAAAAAUCCAAUCCUAAUGAAGGAAAGCCCAAUGUUCUGUGAAUUAUGCUCAAGCUAUAGCCCUAGUGACACCUGCAGAAACUCUCACUGACUUCCUUGUGAUUGGAGUUUGAUUUUCAAUUCACAAAGCAUGCAACAGGAAGGCAAGCUAGUCUGAAGUCAUCUUAUCAGCUACUAGCCACACAAAAUGUAAGAGGUGACUACGAUGGGCAGAGGCAGGCUGAAUCAAAACAAACAGCAGAGAGGUGCAGAGGAAGGAAAGCAGAAGACAGAAAAGUGGUUCCUGUUCUACAAUUGUUUCCAUCAAUGACAAAAAUGAGACACCUAAUUACAAAAGCUGUUUGGCAGUGUCAGUAGGGCUGCACCAGGGAUAUUUUAGUACUAUAUACAAACAGCAUACCAAAAAAAGAUGAUCACCCCAAUGGACAGCAUAUUUGAAGCAGAGGGCAGAGAGUUGCAUUUAGAUUAUACAACACACUUUACUUUAGUCUGUUUCCUGGAAUCCAAGAGAAACUCAGUAGCCUCUUUGCAAUUUUUAUUACUAUUUUACAAAUUUUGAUUAAAUUAGUUAUAAACUUCCAGCCAAAAUAAUAGAAAAUAUUCUUAGAAAAGAAAAUAAAGCCAUGGCAAAAGAUACAGGAAACCCUCACUAUUCGCGGGUUUGGCAUUCGCAGUUUCAUAUAUUCACAGAUGCUGAACCUGCAUUUUAAAUACACUUUAUACAUUUACAGGAACUCUGUGGGAGCUCCGCGCUUGCUGCCGCCGGGCUCCUGCCACUGGAGCUGUGCCUGCCCCCACAGCUGCCGGGGGCACUGCGUUCAUGAACACAGUGCCUUAUUCACGGAUUUCACCAUUCGCGAGGGAUACAAGAACAUAUCCCCUGAGAAUGGCAAGGGUCACCUGUACUAUGUGAGGCCACAUUGUUAAAGAAUUAGCCAAUUUAUGGCAUGUGUAUUUCAAUAUACAGAACAUAUAAACUGAAUUAAUAUUUAUUAUAGGACUGUUAUAAUGGCACAUACAUAUCACUCAAGAAAUUCUUACCAAGAUUCUUGUCAAGAAUAACAGCUUUAAACUUUUAAAGAAAUCUAUGUUGUAUUUAAGAAUAAAGUGUGGAGGGCUGUAAUGAGGGCACGGUUUUAAGUGAGAUUUUACAUUAUUAGAACAUGAGUUUGGGAGUCAAACAGUGCAAGGGUUACUACUAAACUGUUUGAGACAUACAGCUUACCCCACACUUUACUGAACUGAAGAGUACUCAAUCUGACACUAAACAAAGAAAAUUUCUUUCUUCUAGUUACUGAAGACCAACUUUGUUGCUUACACUGUGACAAAAAGCUGGAAAAGGGCAUCACAUCACAUUUCCCAUCAAACCAUUUCCAUUAUCUCAUCCCCACCUUUGUGCAAUUUUGAGCAUAACAUCAUUGGGCAGUGCACAUCUAAAGAUUAAAUCAAAUGAUGUUGCAAGCAAGUUGCUACACCCAUCCUUUAGGAAAACAGCACUUUGUGUGACAUUCUUAGUGCAGGAACACACACAUUCCUGCAGUACAAAGAAAAGGAAAGGAAAGACCUAUCUUUAAAGAGUUUAAAAAAAAAAAAAGGAAAGAGAACCUUGAACUGUUCAAAAUUAGAAGAAUAUGUUGCGAUUCAAGGCAGCAUAUGAAAAACAACUCACUCUUUUUUCUUCAAUACCCCCUUGAUGCAAGGAGUUAAGAAUUCCCAGCCCAAUAAGCAGCACCAGCAAAUGCUGGCAUUAUAAAGGGCUAAAAAUAAAAAAAAUAAACAUCACACUACAUUCAGGCAGAGAUGGGUCUUCCUGAUCCUGUGGCCUUUUAACAUGAUCACAAGUUAAUUAAAUCCCUGCAGAGAAAAACGUCACAGUUUGAAUCAGAGUUGAUUAUGUCCAAGACUAACUCUUCUGUGCCAGGAGUAAGAUUUUCCUGGUUAAAAAAUUCGUUGCCAACAAUAAAUGCAUGAAAAAACACCAGUACUGAAGUGUAUUAAACACCAGUUUUAAAAAGACAGGCUGCAUAAAGCAGAAUAAACUGACAUCCCAACUUCUGCAAUACAGUUUAAGAGCAGAUUUGAAAAAAAGCUGCAGAAUUUAAUCUUCUCCAGAUAGUACAACUGUACGAUAAUACCUGUGCUGCUCCAAAACAGAUGGCUUGGAGGAAGCAACCUAAAUACUUAUGUUUCCAAGUACAAAUUCAUGCUAGUAUUACCAUGCAUCAUUAAGAAACUGUGUGGCUGGAUUUUUCCUAGCAUCCUCAAUCCCAUCUCAGCACCUAGCCUUCUUGACUUUGUUCCUCUUCUCAAAAGUGGUAAUAAUGGUAGAGAAGGCCUGGAGCUGUAUGUGCCAUGAUGAGGUCUUCUUAGGGAGUAACCAGGAUCCAUAGGGGGGCCAUUAAACAAGAAAAAAAGAAAGUUUGGAAAAUAAAAAGGGGACAAAAUUUCAUAACAAAAUUAGAAAAGCAUAAUUUUAAAAAGCCCAAAGCUGACAGUUUCAUGCUACUGCUGUAAGAAUGCCUGGAAAGUCUAAAGGAAGGCUCUUCUCUUCUAGUGAAGAUCGACC